AUGAAUACUCUCGUUGGCGUCGCCAUAGGCAGUAUGAUCAUUGGGGUCCUGACCCUGAUCGCCGCCAUCGUCAUCAUCGUCCUUUCUAUUGUCAUUCUGUGCAGAUGCCACAAGCAGAAUGACAGGGCCCGCACUGGUAUUACCUACCUCAAAGUCACGGCCGGGUUUAUUUUGCUUUACGAAGUUCUUGUCAUUGUUGGCUUCAUCUUAACAGUCACGACAGCCAGUACCCGAUACCCAGGGAGAUCUACCAGAUUAUAUGUAGCCGCUGCCCAUAUUGAGGCCAUCAACACAGUCUUCUCGACCGCCUGCAUGGCUCUCUUUAUCGCCACCCAGUUUGAAUUCGCUCGAGGGCUCAAGAUGAUUGCUGCCAUGUCUGGCCGCGGAGAAAGCGCCAACAUGGUCGAGGUCAAGGCGCGAAAGAGCCGGUUCUUCAGCGUCUUCGCCUUGGCUCUCGUCAUGAUUGUCGCCAUUGCCUCUUUCGGCCUUUACGAGGCCUAUCUUGCCGGCAACUACUACAUGGCAGUGGCUCAGGUCUCUCUCGACUUUGCCGUCCAGGUCAUCCUCGCCAUCGCUUCGAUUGUUUGUCUCAUCUUCACAGCUCGCCAGCCUCGAAUUCCACCUCACAGCAGCCUUGCUACUCACUUGAUCGUCAUUUCCACCCUGACCGCCCUCCGCCACAUGGUUAUGGCUGCCAUCAACGGAUACGCCACCUGGGGUAUCGGGGCUUUGCUCGACAGUGACCACAUCGGUACCGCUGCCGGCCUCACCGCCGCCAGUGCCUUCGGACUUGUUGCUAACAACUGGGUGUUCUGUAUCACCAUCGGCAUGGCAUAUGGCGUGUGCAGGAAGGAGUACGGAGGUCUACGCGCCAACACCGUUUACGCCCCUGUCAAGACUGGACAUGUCUAG